AUGAAUACGCAUCAGCCCCUCACGAAGAAGCCCCCGAGUCCAAAAUCUCUGCUCAAUUGUUCAUUCAACCAAGAUCAAUCAUGUUUUGCCGUGUGUCAUGAGAAUGGGUUCAAAGUUUUCAAUACUGAUCCAAUGGAACUGAAAGUCGAGCGAUGGUUCUCUAACGGUUCAUCCCAAGAGGGAACUUCAAUAGGAAACAUAGCAAUCUUAUACAGAACGAACUACUUGGCGUUGAUAGGAGGAGGACACAAUCCAAAGUAUCCGAUAAACAAAGUGAUAAUAUGGGACGAUUUGAAGCAGAAACAGUCAUUGUCUCUUGAGUUUAUGAAUCCGGUAUUAAAUGUAAUGUUGUCCAGAACCAGGAUAAUAGUUCUGGUUUAUAAUAAAGCUUAUGUUUAUGGGUUCAAUUCUCCACCCAAGCUGAUAACAACAAUUGAGACAUUUUCUAAUGAGUUUGGCGUCUGUGAUUAUCAUGACAAUAUCGGAUCCAUCUCCACUACAAAUGGUACGUCGAAUCCUACCGGAUCUUCUUUAUUGGCGAUUCCAGGGAAAGCAGUUGGCCAGAUUCAGGUUGUUGAUAUAUCAACAAAGAAUAAAGUUACGCUGGUUAAGGCACAUAAAAGUAAACUUCAGAAGGUGGCUUUGAACCAGCAAAACACUAUGGUAGCAUCGGCUUCAAUAGCAGGAACUAUGAUCAGAAUACACUCUACAACGACAGGUAGUCUGCUGUUCGAAUUCAGACGUGGAAUGGACACUGCUUUGGUUACCGCUCUCAAGUUUUCACCCUCAGGGACCAAUCUUGCGGUCCUUUCCAACAAGGGCACGCUCCAUAUUUUCCAUGUCGAUCAUGAAAAUACCAACAUCAACAACAAACACCUGUUAAACAAUAUUUCAGUUCUCCCAAAGUAUUUUCAUUCAACUUGGAGUUUUUGCUCUGCUCGUCUCACUGAUCAAAACGAUAAAGAUAUCAACACCGAUGCUGAGAUCGGUUGGGUCAACGAUACUAGUUUAGUGCUUGUCUACAAGAAGAAGAGUAAAUGGGAAAAAUACGUCAUACAAGAGCAAAGCAGUUUAUCUUCGGACAACAAAUCCAUGGAAACCAAAUAUUCAUUAGUGAGGGAAGGCUGGAGAAGGCUUUUGUAA